UAUCCAAAUCUCAUUUUCCUAUUCAUAGCCUAUCAUCUCUUCUCACCCUUAGCUUUUUCCCCUAAAAUUAUGUCGAAGAUGGUUGCUGUGACCAUAAAAGAGUCAUCACUCGUGAAGCCGGCGGAGGCAACUUGGACCGGCCGGAUGCCUCUGUCGGAGUUCGAUAUGACCGGAACCAUAACCCACAUAGACACUCUAUACUUCUACAACAAACCCACCACCAGCGUGCCACAAAACGACGUCGCUCUGGUGAAUCUGCUGAAGGACUCCUUGAGCAGGACGUUGGUCGCAUUCUACCCGCUGGCCGGGCGGCUACACCCCAUCGGCGGUGGAAGGUUGGAGCUGGACUGUAACGGCGCUGGGGUCCAGUUCAACGAGGCGCAUGCCGAAACGACAUCGCUGGAUGAAUUGUUGGGGUUGUUUGGCAGUGACGUGUCUGGUACUAGCCGGUGCAGCGGUACGGAAUUUCUGCCGCUGGUCCCGGCGGUGGAUUACGGCAGACUUGGGAUCAACGAGUGGCCGUUGCUGCUGGUCCAGCUCACCAGGUUCAGUUGCGGCGGGAUCUGCCUCGGUUUCAACAAUUCCCACGUGGCGGCCGAUGGGCUGGCUGCCAUGCACUUUUUCCACGAGUGGGCCCGCGUGGCCCGCGGGCAAGGGAUUGGUACGCUGCCGGUUUUGGAUCGAAGGGUUCUGCGGGCAGGAUUGCCGCCGCUUGCUGGGCAGCCGGCCUUCGAUCCUGCCCAGUUCCACCGCCCGCCGGUUCUGCUUCCUGACGCGGAGUGCUCCGGUAACAAUGGUAGAGAGACCGCCGCGACGAGACUGAGGCUGACGAAACCCCAAGUCCAGAUUCUGAAGGACAUGGCAAACAAAAACAUAAGAACCACCCGUCCGUACACCACUUACGAAACCCUAACAGCCCACACGUGGAGGUGCGCCUGCAAAGCCAGGAAACUCAAUCCCGACCAGCCGACCACCGUCGACAUCUGCGUGGACGCCCGCCGACGCAUCAACCCGCCGCUGCCGGAUGCUUACUUCGGCGAUGCCAUUUUCGACGUGAAGGCGACGAGCCUUUCCGGCGACCUCGUGAGGAAGGGACUAGGGUACGCGGCAGGGAAGGUGAGGGAAGCGGUGGCGAAGGUGGACAGUAAGUUUCUGUGGUCGGCCAUUGAGUACUUGAAGAACCAACCUGACAUGACCAAGUUCCUUGACUUCAAUGAUUAUGAUGAUGAUCGGGAGCCUUACUUUGGGAUUCCUAAUCUGGUGGUGACGAGCUGGCUGAGGCUGCCGAUGCUGGGCUUGGACUUCGGGUUCGGGAAGGAGGUUCAUAUGGACACCACCUUUGAGUUCGACGGCGUCGUGACUUUGUCGGAAAGUCAAGCUGCCGGCGACGUUGUGGUUUCCAUUUGCUUGAGGUCUGACCAUAUCCACGCUUUCAAUCGCUUUUUCUAUGAUGAUAUAUCCAUGCAUGGGACUAGCGAAUGA